AUGUCCGAGAGAAAGGCUGUAAUCAAGAAUGCGGACAUGUCCGAAGACAUGCAACAAGAUGCUGUAGACUGCGGUACACAAGCCCUGGAAAAAUAUAACAAAUUAAAGGAGGUUGCCGCCUACAUCAAGAACGAGUUCAACAAAAAGCACAACCCCAACUGGCAUUGCGUUGUUGGAAAGGAGUUUGGAAGUGACGUCACUCAUGAAGCUAAACAUCUUAUUUUCUUUGCGCUUGGAGAAACUGAUAUUCUCCUGUUCAAGUCGGGUUAAAAUGUUCUGUCGGAAUAGUCUAUGUAGAUCAAGUUGAUUUCCUCAAACAGAUAAAUAUAAACAAUAGAUAUAACGCUUAUUUUAGACAGCAUGGAUAUAUCCAGUAAGUGUUAUUCUUUAAAGUGUGAGUGCUUAGCAAUGCGCAAUAUAAAGUUACACUUACUAACUGUUGUAAACACAUUAACCUUAUGUUCAAACUUUUUUUUUGAAUUUCUGAAAUAAUAGUUUAGUAUUAAGUAAAAAUGUCAUUUCUUGGGCUUAUCAUAUCAGAUGUGUUUCCAUUUCCAACAUGCACCG